CGCCGCUCCACUCCAUACUUGCUUCGUCUCUUGAGAAGACCACGGCUGAGUUUCCUAGCACAGCCCCAGGAGAUUUUUCUUUCCUGAGCCAACAUUAGGCAAAAAGGACAGAAGGCAAAGGGGAGGUGGGGAGGAAGCUGAAAGCGAGCCAAGCUGUUGCUGGCAUCCCUUGUCUCGGUGCUAAACCUACUGCUUUGAGAGAGACCGGGCAGGGGAGGGACUUUGUUUUGUUGAGAGGAGAAGGAGAAAAGAAACUUGAAACUGGCUUCCCUUGUGGCAUGUCUGUGUCCUGAACAUCCCCUCCCCACCCUGCUGUUUGUUAAAUGAAAGCACGUGAAGAACAUGAGGUUGCCUGCUUGAGAGGGAGGGCAGUACUGGGCUGGGUAAGGAAGGAGGAAGGCAAGUUGUGGUUUUGUGGUGUGGUUUACACCGAGAUCAGAGCUAGUGUGCCUGGGGGUGGGAGCAGAAAGAGAAAGGGCAUCUGAUGCCAGCUGCCAAUAUGACAGAAACCCUGCAGCUCCCAGCACUGCAAGUCCCAGAGCAGCAGGUGGUGGAAGGUGGCCGUGCCUGGUCCAGUUCGUCCACCCCAACCCUGCGCAGGAAGCGCUUCAAGAUGAGGCGGAUGAAGAAAGUGCAGGAGCAGAGCCUGGAGGCCAGCAGGUAUCAGGAUUCUCCUUCCUCCAGCAAGGAAUACCUGCAGCUCCCAUCCAUUGAAAUCACCCCUUCCAGUGAUGAGGACACUCCCUGGUCCAACUGCUCCACACCCAGUGCCUCCCCGCGGCGCAAGCGCUUCCUCCUUCGGAAGUGGCUGCGUGUGAGAGAGAAGAAGGAAUACAGUGAGAGCAGCAGCCAGCAGAGCAGCCAGCAAAGCAGCCACGAUGAUGAAUUGUCCCGGUUCUUGAGCCCUCAUAUGUGUGAGGACAGUACUGCCAGUAACUCAAACCGCAGCACGCCUGCCUGCUCCCCAAUCCUGCGCAAACGCUCCCGGUCCCCGACACCGCAGGACUCCCAAGGAGACGCCAUGGUGGAAAAAGGCUCAGACCACUCGUCAGAUAAAUCCCCUUCCACGCCGGAGCAGGGUGUACAGCGUAGCUGUUCCUCUCAGUCAGGCCGCAGUGGGGCCAAGAACUCCAAGUCACACAAGCGCCUCUCCAAAUAUGACAGACUUAACCUGCUCAAAAAAAGCCAGAGUUGGUAUAAUCAUGAGAGACAGUACAUCCGGAGAGUGUUGAGUCCAACAUACAAACAGCGGAAUGAAGAUUUCAGGAAACUCUUCAAACAGCUUCCUGACACGGAGCGCCUCAUCGUAGAUUACUCAUGUGCGCUACAAAGAGACAUUCUCCUGCAGGGCCGCCUCUACCUCUCUGAAAACUGGAUCUGCUUUUACAGCAACAUCUUCCGUUGGGAGACACUGCUGACAGUUCGCUUGAAGGAUAUCUGCUCGAUGACCAAGGAAAAAACAGCACGGCUCAUUCCUAAUGCCAUCCAAGUUUGCACUGACACUGAAAAGCACUUUUUUACUUCCUUUGGGGCUCGAGACAGGACGUACAUGAUGAUGUUCAGACUCUGGCAGAAUGCUCUCCUUGACAAGCCUCUCUGUCCAAAGGAGCUCUGGCACUUUGUCCACCAGUGUUAUGGGAAUGAGCUGGGUCUGACCAGUGACGAUGAAGACUACGUGCCUCCCGAUGAUGACUUCAACACAAUGGGCUACUGUGAAGAAAUCCCCGUGGAAGAGAAUGAAGUCAACGACAGCUCCUCAAAAAGCAGCAUGGAGGCCAAGCCAGAAGCUAGCCCUCAGCUGCCAAAGAAAUCUGUCACUGCCAGCACAUUGACAUCUACGGGAAGCAGUGAAGCGCCAGCCUCGUUUGAUGGAGUGCUACCAGAAGAGGAGGAGGCAGUGGCGGAGAGUCCUGUGGAAAAAGACCUUGGCAUUGCAAAUAUCAUGGGAGAGAAGAUAGAGAUCAUCAGCCCUGUGAACUCCCCUUCCCUAGACUUCAACGACAACGAAGACAUUCCCACUGAGCUCAGUGACUCGUCAGAGACCCAUGAUGAAGGGGAAGUCCAAGCCUUUUACGAGGAUCUGAACGGCCGUCAGUAUGUGAAUGAAGUGUUCAACUUCAGCGUGGACAAACUGUACGACUUGCUUUUCACGGACUCCCAGUUCCAGAGGGACUUCAUGGAACAGCGCCGGUUCUCUGAUAUUAUCUUUCAUCCCUGGAAGAAGGAAGAAAAUGGCAAUCAGACCAGAGUGAUCCUGUAUACCAUUACCCUCACCAACCCUCUGGCCCCCAAAACUGCCACUGUCACUGAGACGCAGACAAUGUACAAAGCCAGCCAAGAAAGCGAGUGCUAUGUCAUAGAUGCAGAGGUGCUAACUCACGACGUCCCCUACCAUGAUUAUUUCUACACCAUUAACCGCUACACGUUGACUCGUGUUGCCAGAAACAAAAGCCGACUCAGGGUUUCCACAGAGUUACGUUACAGGAAACAGCCUUGGGGGCUGGUGAAAUCCUUCAUUGAGAAGAAUUUUUGGAGCGGCCUAGAAGAUUAUUUCCGUCAUUUGGAGAGUGAACUGACCAAAACGGAGAGCACGUACCUGGCUGAGGUCCACAGACAAUCCCCCAAAGAGAAAGUGAGCAAGCAAUCGACCGUGCGCCGGAGGAAACGGGCGCACGCCCAUCUGCGGGUGCCACACUUGGAGGAGGUGCUGAGUCCCGUCACCACCCCCACGGAUGAGGAGGUUGCACAUCGAAUCAAGCAUGUGGCAGGUUCCACUCAGACACGGCACAUCCCUGAGGACAGCCCCAGUGGCUUCCACCUGCAGAGUGUCUCCAAGCUGCUCCUUGUCAUCAGUUUUGUGAUCUGUUUCAGUCUGGUGCUGCUGGUCAUUCUCAAUAUGAUGCUGUUCUACAAACUCUGGAUGUUGGAAUAUACUACGCAGACGCUCACAGCAUGGCAGGGCUUGCGGCUACAGGAAAGGUUACCCCAAUCUCAGACAGAGUGGGCCCAGUUACUAGAAUCUCAGCAGAAGUAUCACGACUCAGAGCUACAAAAAUGGCGUGAGAUCAUCAAAUCCUCGGUGAUGCUUCUAGACCAGAUGAAGGAUUCACUAAUAAAUCUUCAGAAUGGCAUCGGGUCCCGGGACUUCGGGUCAGAUCCAGAGGAGAAACGGAAACGUUUCCACUAACAGGCAGGAAUGCAGGAGGCCAGAGGACGGUGUGCAAUAUGUGUAAAUAGGAUAUAUAAAUAUAUAUAUAUAAAUAUAUAUAUACACAGAAUAUAAAUAUAUAUAUUAUAUACAGAUUUUAAGAGAAAAAAAAAGCCUAUGUAUUGAGAGAAGGAUUGACCUCCAACACUGGCUGAAAUGGAGCGUCUCGGUGGUAGCGUGGUGUGUGCGUGUGUGGGAGGGCUGUGCUCUCCCAGCACUGAGGUGCGCUUAGGGGCAUGCCUAAGCAUGCUCCCCUGGGCCUGUGCACCACUAUUCUGUAAUAUUCCUGGCUGUUUGUUUGUCUGUCUGUCUGUUUUGGUUUUGUUGUUUCAAAGGGAAGCAUCAGAGUGAGUGUCCCCCCCGCCAUCCCUCCCUGCGCAUGAAGGUCCCCGAUUGACUAUAUUUAUCUAUACGUACAAAGGGGACACUGUCAACCUUUCUUACCUUGCUGGCUUCAGGGCAGAGAGGUUUUGGCAAUCGCCAUCAAUCCCUUAGAAAAUUAUUCUGCAUUUGGAGAGGAGGCCUCUAGAGGAAUUGCUGUAGGUCUGUAGAGAGCAGAUCUCACUGGCAGUCACCUUCUAUACUACUUGGAGCAGAAAUACAAUUUGCUGUCACGCUGGCCAGCCUGGGUCAGAGAGCAAAGCACAGAAUGUAGACGAGCUGAAAUGCUUUCUCCAAACACUAGUUUGCCGCCUCCUCUUAGUGAUACUGUGUUAAUAGCCAAGGAGCUGGUGGGGAGGGGAGUUGCUGCCUACAAGGUACAUGGAUGGAAGAGAGCCACACUGCAGAAAGCACACUUUCAUUCCCUUUGACAGUGUCCCCUUUACAUUUUCUGUAGUUCUCUGCUUUCUAUGUGCUUGGGCCCCUGCCAUUAAGCCAUCCCUGUGCUGAAGAGCUACAUCAGUGCUGAAAGGGCGACUACCUAUGCGACUUCCUGCAACAGGGGGAGUACCCCAACUUAAAAAGAAAACCAAAAUUGUAUUUAUUUGCAAAGGCUCCCGCUACCCUGCUCAGCAAAUUUUGCUCCUGCCCCUGGUCUGCGAGACCAUUUUGCUCGUACCACCUAGCCCUUACCUUGUCUUACAAACACUGCAGGAAAACAUUAGGGAGAAAAAGAACAACUUCCUUUCCUUCACUGGGAUAUUUACAUGACUGCAUCUACAUAGCAACAGCCAUCACUCUGGAUAUUUACAUGACUGCAUCUAUACUAUAUAGCAACAAGAUCUCUGAAAGUCCAGGAGAAGUUAGGAAGGGUCACAAGGACUGAAAAAGGAAAGAAAUUAAAAUAAAAAAGGGACCGUCAGUGGGUGGCAGGAUAGAUCUGGAGAGGCAUCCAUGGUGUGAGGCAUCUGACUGGUCUCUCUCAUAAGCUGGAUAGCGAAGCAUUUGCUCUGUAAGAAAGUCAGGCAGUAGAGCUGCAUUAUAAAGACAAUAAUGCAUUUUUGCUUGUGCUGGGGGAUAAUUCCGGACUCCCAUGAGCAGCCAAAUGAGGAAGAGGGGCAGCGAGGCUGUGCUGUGUGGUGUACCGAACGCCUCUGUGACUGGUUGGGAUGCAGGAUGCUUGUCUGAAUGUUUAAUAAAUGCUUUCUCAUCUUACCUAGCCAGGUAGAUUAGGUGAUAUGUGAGGCCCUCAAUCUCCACCUUGUUCAACAGGAGGAUUUUUCCACCUUCUGAAUGGCAGGAGGGAGCCAGCUGUAUAUUCCCCGUAAGCAAGCGGUGCAGUUCUAGCUCAUCCGUUGUCUCUGGCUCCAAUGGGUGCUGAAAGAGCAGGGGACGUAAGGGUGAGUAACUGGUCUUUGUAUCUCUGUACCAGAAACGUUCAUCUGCACAGCUGGGUGACAAAGUGGAGUCUAAGGAAAACCCUCACAAGCUCCCGCUCAUGCAUUCUAAUUAGAGAAAGGUAAUGUAUGUAGAAGUAACCCGCUGAUAUCUUCCAACCUACCUACAAUUUUCAUGACCAAGUGCUAAACACAACAUGUCCCGAGGAAGAAGACUCACAUUUGAAGGAGCGUAGAUGAAGACGGGUUUUCAAAAAGACAUUUAAGAGUGUGAAAGCAAGGUACAAUUGGAAAAAACAUGCCUCAGCAACUACAGAAUAAUGUGUAUUUAUGACUAUUUAUUUAAUUUAAUGCUGCUGACUACUGUACUGCUCCCUGACUUUUUUCCAGGGAGUCUGCUGAAACGGCUACUGUACAAUGAAACUGAGGUGCUAGUGCCUGGGAGGGGCAUUCUGUGGCUCAUCUUGGGACAGGAGGGCCCUGACUCCCUGCUGUGACUUGCCACACUGGCCAAGAGUCCCAUUUCCCCAUUAGUCACUCCCACAAUUACUAAGCACAGAAAAACACCCUGCUGCCCAUCUCCCCCUUUUCUAGAAUUUCGUUCCAAGCACCAAGAAAGACGACAGAGAGGAAGCCCUGUGAUUGCCACCUUGCCCAUGCCAGAAAAGAAAAAGGCCGCAUCCUGAGAAACUUGGAACGUGGGGUCUCUGGCACCUGGCUGUGAGGGUUUUUGUACAUAGACGGACGUAACCCAUUGAGAGGCAGAGAAACCCACGUGUCCGAGAGGGUUGGAAAUAAAUGCUAGCAAUCAAAGUUGGUUUCUUACCAAUUUCACGUUCUCUUGCUAGCGAUGGAGGCAAGAAAUCCAUUUGCUCAUCCGUGCAUCCUUCUUCCUCUGCAGCAUUCUUCCAGACUGCUGUCGUGUUAGGUUCUGGAUGUUCCUGCUGACACGGCUUCCUCGGGCUAGAGACAGAAUUGCACAAACUCUGUUAAAUUAACGCAAGGCCACGCAGAGGCAGCUAUAACAAUCUCAAGCACUAAUACUCAUUCUGCCCACCCAUUACUUUAAGCCGGGUUUAACGUGUUUGACAUGGAUCCUAUGCAAUGCAAUCCUAUCCUAUUGCUAUGCAAUUGUGCAUUCGUAAAGUAGAUAUCAAACGUAUCUAGUGCAGCACCUGUGCGUAAAGUCUACAAAGGACCAAAAGACACAGGUUAUUCCAGGUGGUAAGAUCAGAAGCAUGUGCCCAAGACAGUGGCACUGCUGGGUCUGCACAUUCCACUUGAAAGAGAGAAAGGUACCUGCAAUGGUAAGAAUAGGAGUUAGCUAUAAGUUAACUGGAUAACCAUGCUUUUUGGGUGCUCGACAAUUAACCGAAAUCCAAGACACACUUCAGUCAGAAAACAUUGAUAUUAAUUGAUAUGAACUGAAACUAACUUUGCAUAAAUCCUUUCUGGCUCCCUGAAGUCCUUUGGGAAAAGAGAAAAAAGGUCACAUAACUUUGAUCUCCCCUACCAUAGCUCAGUUACGCUGCUGACAUAGAGUAUGCACUUACAGCUUAUAGAGUGCUGUACCAGUCCAGAGCAGCAGUCUGCCAUUUGACCACCUGAUCCCACUUGUCUGCUUUAGAUCUAAUAAAGGGAAACCUAAGAGAUAUGCAGCAUGCCUUUAUUAUAAAUAUAACCCUGUAUUGAAAGAGGCAAGGUUUCAAAGCACAAUGCUUUGCUGGAUUUAAAGCCCUGAAGCAAAACCACCUGUGAAACAAUGAUGCCUGUGUUGCCAUAUCCCCUCUCAGAGAGCCUAGCAUGCUUAAUCUGUGUUCUUAUCAGACAGACACCGUUAGUUUUCAGAAGCUCACCUGGAUGUAGAUAGGGACAGACUUUUUAGCCUGCUUGUCUCCUCAGCACUAAACCAUGUAGCCUAUGUCAAUGCUUUUUCCUACCUUUAUACAAGAAGGUAGAAAUUUGUUUUCCAAAUAGUAGCUAGAGACACUUUUGGUCUGGGUACUUGAAACGAGACCUUCUGAAUAUGUGCUACAGUCAUUUCUGUGCAGAUACAAAGGCGAUGGGAAGGCGCCUGCGAUACACCAAGGCUGAGUGAAAGACACACUUGCAAACCUCACGCUUUGGCUUUCCACAUGUCAGAAGUGCUAACCAGAAGGAUGUGCGUACAUGCAGGUUUUGGUGAAUACAGUGCUUGUAUGGUCAUGUGGCCUUAAUACCUCUCCCUUUCCUGGCAGCUUUGCCUUUCACCAUCUUUGAGCAAUCCCAGGGCACCUAAAUAGAGGGGACGGAGGGCAGCCUGCAACUUUCACACCAUCCAGCACUAGGACAGAGUGGUGGAGAUGAUAGUCUCCAACCCUAAAAAGACCAGCACUGCUUGCGCAGAAUGAGCUGCAAAACAGAGGUUAGUGGCAGACGUUUUGGGGGAGUGAAUGGCUCCUGGCUAGUUAGAUGGGUCUUUCUGUGCUACUAGGAGUGGGAAGACAUUUAGGACUCGUCUUUCCUCUUGGGUUUAUUUACACGAGCACAGUUAGCAUAAAGCCAGCAUGGGAGUUAGUGUCUAUGAAAAAACAAUCUGUGAAAGGUAGUACCCAGGUGUACCCGGUCUCUAGCCUAGUGCAGAUCUAGGAAGAGGCUCUGUCCGCAGUGGGGCUCAGUCAUAGUAUGUGGCAAACACGUACGAGUACUCCUCUGCAUCGGUGCGGAGAUGCUGCGCUCCCGAGAGGACUUCUGCACAGAAUGUUCUUACAGCGUGUCUGUGAUGCGUACUAACCAGCCAUUUUAACCAGGCAGCGCUCUGUCAGUCAGCAUCUGCUUUUCCCAACGAGGAUAGAAGCAAACCACUUCCUAAUUUAGAGGUGGGACUUUCUGGUUCCGCAGUCUGCGGAAAAGCACAGUUAGUAACAAACGCUUCAGAGCAACGGUGCCUGGCUCAGGGGAGGCAGUUCUGUCAUGUGUGUCAAGGCAGCUGCUGCCCUCCUACAGCUCUUGACAGACCAGUGGCUUUCUGCGCUACCUGCUGAACUCCAAAGUGAUCUUUCCAGCAGGAUCUCUGCCAGGCUUGCUGCCACCGAUACGUUUCAUGGCGCAGUCAUGUGGACUCUAGCUUAAGUCUUUUCAGACAGUCUCGGCACUCGUUAAAAUAUCUGGCAGGGGCUUGCUUAAAACAAUACUCGAAACAGAGGCUCUUAAACUAAAGCAUCUGAGGUAAGUGGCUCACAGAACAUCUGCGUCAGCGUAGUUUCCGAGACCCCACCGUGCUGACUUCCUGGCCCAUUCCCCCUGCCUGGCAUGCUCUGAUCUCUAUGCUUUGCAGUCUCUCCAGCUCAAGUCUCUCUGUGCCAUAAUACCUUUCUUUUUCUAGAUGUGCACACUGGCCAAAUAAGCUCCUCGUGUCUUGAUCGACUGCUGAUUAUUUCCCCAUCUAGCCAGACAGCAUGGGCUUAUCUCUUAGCAUGGAUCCGUGGCGUGCCACGGCCUCCUCUCACACCCACGUUUUGCAGUGCUUGCUACGGCUUUUCCCUCUCCCCUCACACCUUCACUGCUGGACAAUCACUCCCUGUGUCAUAGAUGGACUGACCUGGUGCUGUCCCUGCUCGCCUUUCCUUGCCGCAGUCUGUAUGCUCUUUAAGUGAAUGUGUUUUAUUUUUUUCAGUAGGGAAAAGGACUUCCUUCUGCUGAAGGAAUUAUAUUUGCACAUGGCUCAGGGAGGUACCUCCUCUGGCCGUUUCUGUUACCUCACUCAUUUAGGCCAAUUCCAUUGCUAACAUUAAACGGCCACCUUCCCCAACCCAAACUCCGAGAAUAGUUAGGGAAUAAGCAACGUGCAGCUCAGGUUCUAGAGCCAUUCGGUCGUGUCUCAGUUUCGGCCCAAUCCGCCCCAACGGCAUUAGGAUUUGGGAGAGCGGCUGUUGCAAAAUGGCAACUUUAUCCAGCAAAAAGGUGGAGCCUGUGCCACACGCCUGUCGUUCCCCACCUUCGCAAACCCACCUCCCUUGUAAUAGCACUUAACAGAUACGGAAGCACUAACCUGGCUCUUGGCCUGACGAGGUCAGGGGGAGGGAGAAGCAGCAGAACCGUUGCAGUGUUAGAGCCGCCAGGACUGGCGUCGUGUGGCUGCGGCACCUCUGGGACGUUACCCUUCUCAGAGCAGUUCGUCUCCCACCACAUGCUCCAGGGCUGGAUAAAGCUGCUAAAAACCUGGAGCGUAUUCUCCCCACCUGAGGCCCUGGAUCCUGCAAACCCCCAUUACUGUGCGUAACUGCAAAUUAACGAGGAUCGCCUCGCGUCAGCAAGGAAUGGGAGUGGGUCGUACAAUCACCCGUAGGCGUGCGCUUCCCUUCUGGAUUUCACCCCGGAUCCCGGGAAGCAGGUGGCUGUUGGCCAAGGCCGCUGCGCCGGUAGCGCUAACGUGAACUCUAGGGUGGGGGAGGAACCGUGGUUUUGUUUUAGGAGUUGUCUAACUGUCACAAACUUUGCGCUGUGCGCAAAAUGCGAUAAAACGAUAAUGAAACUUACCUGCUAGAACCUAGGAAUUGUAAAGGCUAUGCAGCCAAAACUUAAUGUAAAGUAGCUAGUACAAUGGAAGUACGGUAUAAAUUAAAAAAAAAUUAUCAAACAAA